AUGAGAGAGCACAACCAGUUAGUGGAACGAGAUUAUCGAGCGCAUCAAGAGAAUCCAUUGCUGAUUUCUGAAGGAGCCGAGCUUCAAGUUUAUACCAAAAUCCACGAUCAGGAAGAAAAUCAAUUCGUGCAAUGUUUUGAGAAGCAACUUCAAGUCUCAAGUGCGGAGUGUUCAGAAUCGGAGUCUGCUCAAUCAGAUGAAAGCACUGGAGAAGCAGAUAAGGAACGGUUUGCAAAUGUUUGUGCCAACUUCUUUGCUAAUGAUUGGGUACUCUGUGAAGUUUUGAAGCGCAUCAAUGAUCCUCGCACGAGACGUGAUAUUGAACUAACUUCGAAGAAGUUUUAUAUGUUAUCAAGAAGAACUCCCUAUCAUAUUGGAUAUACCAACUUGAGAGUGAAUGUAUCAUUCUAUGAUGAAGAGCUGCAGCAGUUCUGCAAAGUGACAGUUGAGGGUAAAUCUGGGUCUUAUUUCAAAAUGUUACAUGAAUUCAGUAGACGUCGUUCCGUAUUAGGUGAUCUUUUGCGUUUAAUUGGCCAAAGGUAUUCUCGUCACGUUUUCCGUCUCACUAUACACAGCGUGAUUGAUUUGGAUAUUCUCAAAAUUUUGAAUGUUUACUAUAGUCGUAUCUUUGAACUAUAUUGUCAUGGGUUUUCCUCGAAGACAUUAGAUUUUCUAUAUUCCCCAGAAUGUACUAUAGCCCGUCGAAUAGUGAAAUUGGGAUUGUAUGACUUCAGUGUUCCUGCAAAAUGGCAGAAUCUAUGUUUGGUUCCAUUCAAGAAACUUCGGUCGAUAAGUCUCAAAGUUUGGCAAGGAUGGCCUCUGAAACAUUUAAUUCAAAAUUUGAAAGAGAUUCACACCUUGGAUUUCAUUAGCAUCAGAAACUCUUGCUCAUAUUACAAACGAACGAAAAACGAUGAGUGUCCGAAUUUCACAAAACUGGGAAGCUUCUGUAAGCAAAUGAGGUUGUGUGAUCAGAACAUUCUAUCUCUUCCUGUUCAGGAUUAUAUUUUGAGUACUAAAAACAUCACCCAUCUUGAACUGUGGCUAUGGAGUUUGGUGGAAAUUGAUAUUGUCCGGUUCUUCCGAUCCAUUCAACUUGACCAAUUAGUAUCUGUAUCUCUGAACAGGUUGUUGUUCACGGACAACAUCAUAUCGGCUAUAUGCUCAAACCACAGCAAACAUCCUAUUUUGCGAGAUCUACACAUAGAUGGAGCUUACGAUUAUGCAAUGAGUAAUGAUCAACUCUUCAGAAUUUGUCCUCCGUCUUUAGAAUCUUUGACGAUCAAGCAAUGCAGCAUACAGUCCACUGAUCUUGACAUGCUGCCUCAACUCUGUCCAAAGCUGAAAUAUCUUUGUUGUGAUCCUGGAAUCAUACGUGAGGAUAUUCCAUUCGAAGAGCGAAGGCGCUUCUCCGCCAAGGGUAUCAACUUCAUCUGCACAGUGGUAAAUCUCCCUCAUCUCGAACGUUUCGUCACUCGAAUCAGGUUGCCACCCUUCUUUCUCGAGCCACUCUGCACGGAGAUGACGACGGUAGUGAAAGCUCAGUUUCCCAUUCAUAGAAUACGGAAGGAUAAAGUCUUUGAGCUGCUCAAACUCUAUUUCAAAGUGGUGAAAUUCACCAAAUAUCCUUAUAUUUUGGACUUGGAAGAUUCCGAUGUGCAAACGGGAAUCGAAAACAGAAGAGAAGUCCUUCCACCAUAUCUCGAGCAUUUCCCGUUCGGUAGCAUAGAAUUCUGCGAAACCUGGCAUGUGAUUGUAGAACAAAGGCUAAAGAAUCCUCCUACUGUUUUACCAGAUUUUCGUGAAGCGAUUGUUCACGGACAAUUGUGUUGUUGUGAUCGUAUUAAUUCGUUAUUCUAA